AUGUCUACCGAGAGUGGGAGUCUUGACUUUCAGGAGGAGCAGGAGAAGAGCGAGGGCAUCACUGUUCAGCCUGAUCUGAUCCAUCCUACAGAUAAGGAUGGUGAUCUCCUUGCGAAAGAUGUUAGGCCUGCCGCGGAAAGACAGCUAGUGCGGCAGCUUGACAUUCGGCUCAUGCCAACAAUCAUCGUAAUUUUCAUCAUGAAUUAUAUUGAUCGCAGUGCAGUGACGUCUGCACGCCUGCAAGGAUUAACACAAGACCUGCAUUUGACUGAGGUCCAGUACUCAACGGUGCUAGCAGUGCUCUGCGCAUCAUAUGUACCCGCACAAAUUCCCUCAAACAUGUCUGAUCGAAUUGGCAAGAUUCUGAAUCGCAUAUCUCGAGCCCUCCAGGAGCUAGCAUUCCGCUCGGCUGUGAUCUAUGGUGGUCUCCUCAUCUCGAACGCGUUUGGAAAUGGCGCUAUCUCUAUUUUCAUUGGUAUUCUUGCCAUCUUCAUUUUGCCGGAUUACCCGCACAACACUCGGUGGCUGACUCCGGCACAGCUACGAUUAGCUCAGGUCCGUCUCGCAGAAGACGCCGGUGAGGCUGACGAAGAUGCAGCAGGUGAAUCGGCGUUCGUCGGUCUCAAGCUAGCACUGAAGGACCCGAAGGUCGGUAUUUUCGCCAUCAUGAAUUGCUCGCAGCUUCUAGGGCUUGGCUUCAUCAAUUUCUUCCCGACGGACCCUGUCAGGCCGCCAUGGAUUUUCGCGACUAUCGUGUGUGCUGUGAACGCAUGGAGUGCGGACAGGACCGGUGAACGAUUCUUCCACCAUUGUUGGCCUUGGUGGGGCGUCCUCGUCGCCUACAUAAUCGGCGCAUCUACGACGUCCAUCGGGGCGCGCUACUUCGCAAUGUUCCUGAUGGCAGCUGGAUACUCAGGCUUCGCCCUGACGGCGGUGUGGGUGGCAAAUGCAAUCCCGCGGCCGCCUGCGAAGCGUUCUGCUGCGAUUGGGAUUGUCAACGGUAUCGGAAAUAUAGGAAAUCUGUAUGCUCUUCAAUCAGUAUGGAGUCCUGAUUACCACCCGUCCAUGUUCAUCGGGAUCGCUUCGCUGACAUUCAGCACGAUCCUUGCGUUUGUCAUUCGGUGCAUACUGGUCCACGAGAACAAACAACUGGAACGAGAUGAAACAGAAGACCCGAAGGGCGCUCGACGCGAGCGUAUCGAAGAGGCUGCGAGGCUGGAAGGCCUCACGUUCGAGGAAGCAUUAGAGCGCAAGAGAGGCUUCCGAUAUCUUUACUAG